AUGACCGCCUCCACCGGAGCCACUCCUGCUACCUCGUCACCACAAACCCCGAAGCAUGAAACAUCGCGACAGGAGCCGCCCACAGAGCCAAAAGAGAAGUUGACAUGGCAGACGGUCCCCAAGGAGAUGAAGGAGAUGUUCGUCGAGCGCGUGGGUCACACGAUAUCGUCACGCCAGAACGCAAUGAGCCGCAGACAUGCUAACCCACUUUGGCACAGAUAAUCCGACCAGCCGAUCUCAAGAACGUCUGCCUCGUCAACAAAGAGCUUCAUGAAAUCGCCGUCCGCUUCCUCUACCGCAAUGUCGCCCUCGAUCUCGGCAGUCCUAGCGAUACACGCCUCUCCUCCUUCCUCAACCCCAAGAACAUCGGCCUCAAGCAUAUCCGCCAGCUGCGCCUCUACCUCGCGACCGUCUACGACAAAUGCAACCAAGAGCAGCAGGCUCAGUUCGCGACACGCAUGCUGCUGGAGUUUCUGCCCGAGGAUGUGCUCGACGAGUUCAGGUAUGCUACGGUGCCACCAGACCACAGGGAUGAAGAAGGGUGAAUCAUAUACUUGUAUGGAAGUGGUCUUGAAAAGCGACGAUGCUAACAACUGGUAUAGUUGGUGUCCGUGGCGCCCUUUCUCCGCUGAUAACCUCUUGCUCCUCUACCGAAAGCAGCGCAAGAUGAAGUGGCUCGAGGUUAUGGACCUGGACCGCAACAUUCUGCCAGAUCUGAAGAAGGACACCCGUCUGACAUCUACCAUGUUCCAGAACACGAAGAAGCUGGCUCUAUAUCCGGAGAAUCGGGAGACGCUCGAUCUGAGCGGUUUCUUCGUGGAGAAGACUAAGGAGCAACUGGAGGAGCUCAUCGUACACUGCAAUUUUGCAUCGCUGGGUGAGCGGGAGCGAGAGACCCUCGGCAAUCGCGAGCUGAACGACUCAGCUACGGGGCCAGGUCUCGUCUCCAACACCAUCUUCAGCUGCAUGACGCCCUUCGACAAGUGUGAGCCGUUCAAGAACCUCAAGUCGCUGCGACUGCACAGGAUCAGCCUGAGGUAUUGCGCGGACACCUGGUGCAAGUUCAUUAACUUCCACGACCUGCAGUAUCUUCGCAUCUACCACUGUUCUGGAGCCGACUCGCUGUUCGGUCAACUAUCGAAGGCAUCCCAUCUCCCGAAGCAGCUCAAGGUACUAGAAUUUCAACAUCGCGACAACACCGAGAAUGAAGCUCUUCUAGCUUUAGAUGGUUUCCUAUGUCUUGUAUCCGGCAUCAAGGAUCUCGUCGUCGAUUUGGAGAACACCAAGGCUCUGCCAGCUUCAGCCGGCAUCGCCCGACACGCCAAGACGCUCGAGCUUCUGAACGUGCACGGCACGCAGGACAGCAACCAUUCAUCGACCAUGACACCACCCGAUUGUGACGGCGAUGAGCUGGUUUGGGACUUCGACGACUUUGAGAAGAUCUGUAAGGCGUGCACCGACCUGGAGCAGCUAUCCUGCGCAUGGCCGAGCACGAGUCUGAUUCGGUCUCCGAGCGAAGAGUGGAAGUCCUUCGAAAAUGCAUGCGGUAACCUGCGCAAGCUGGUCACUCUCCACAUCACGACAUGGCCAAACAACAAGCCCUCGACACAACUUCUCCCCCGCGCCAUCUACGAGACUAUGCUGCAAGCAUUGGCGCAGCGAGGUUUCGAGCUGGCCGCUGGCACACAUCCUUCGCUCAGCAUCCCGCAGCCGCCUCCAGACCCCGACGACGAAGACUCUGAUGCCGACACCAACCAAUCUACCCCCUCUGACUCCUUACGGCCCGCCAAACUUCGUCUGAUAGCUUUCGGCACUUCCGACAAGAUCUACGAACGCGAGGACUCCAAGAACCAGAUCAUCUACCUCCGAUCUUCGUGUCUGGACGCAGAGGGCAAGCAGAAGGUCUAUGCCGCUCCGGUAGGCUGGUGUCUGCGACAGUUCGUCGAGCCGCGCAGCGAAAUUCUUGACUUCGUACUGCACCAGAGCGACCGAUCGAACAAGCCGCCCUGUCGAGACCAGCAGGAGACCAGCCGAUGGGGAGACGACGACGAGUAA